AUGAUUUAGCAACUACAAUCAGCUGUGUCCAAUGUGUACCCAAUCAGUGCAUCCUGUUCUCUAUUUUAAUAGAAGAAUUCACUGACAGAUGGCUACUUGGGCUACUCUGUAUCUUUACGGGGACACGAAACAGAUUAAAAGCUUGGAUAGUCUCAUAAGCUUUGCAUUUAUGAUAAUUUCAGGGUAAUAUCGUAUUGAACAAGCCAUCAAAUGAAUGUCACAGGAGGCAACUUUUCAGCUCCAUUUUCGAGGUUGUUAAAUUUGGGGAUGUUUUCUGUUUGUUAUUUUUAGGAGGACGAAGGGAGAAACAAGGAACCCAGGAACUAAAAAUGAGUCUGGAGAAGAUAAGAGAAGAUGAUGACUUAUGUUCAGAGAUGGAAUUUCCGCCUCCUGAAACUCCAAAAGAGCCCAUGGAGUUUCUUGCUCGUUCAUGGAGUAUUUCUGCUUUGCAAGUUUCCAAAGCCUUGGAAAAGCAGCAGCAACAGGCAGAAUCAAAACGACAAUGCAAUGUUGAAGGAGAAGAACAAGCCAAACAAUGGCCUCAUUUCACAUGUGGGUCGUCUCACAUGGUUGUCGACAGCAUUCUUGCAAGCUCUGUUUGUCAAAGGCAAUUGAAGGGGAAGACAGUGGGAAGAUGGCUGAAAGACAAGAAAGCCAAGAGAAAGGAGGAACAGCGCGCUCACAAUGCAGAGAUGCAUGCAGCCAUUUCUGUGGGAGGAGUGGCUGCAGCUGUGGCAGCCAUUGCUGCUGCAGCUGCUCAUGAUCAUAAUGAUAAUGAUAAGGAGAAUGAGGAUGAGGAAGAGGCAGAGAAGCGUAUGGCAGUGGCUUCAGCUGCUGCACUUGUUGCAGCACACUGUGUGGAGAUGGCUAUGUGUAUGGGAGCAGACCGCCAAAAAAUGGCUUCUCUUAUUGGUUCUGCUGUAAAUGUCAAAACGCCUGGAGAUAUUAUCACUUUGACUGCAGGAGCAGCCACAGCUCUGCGUGGAGCAGCAACUUUUCAGGCAAGAGCUGUACGGGAAGCAGGUGCAGUUAUUACCCCAUAUGAGAAAGAGAAAGGUAGUUCAAAUCCCAUAGUUGGAGUGGAGGGAUUUAGUGGGGAGCUAGACAGUCAACUUCACAGUGAUUCUGAAAUGUGCAGCCAAGAUGCUCUGGCCAGAGGAUCUGAGCUACUAAAACGCACAAGAAAAGGAGCCCUUCACUGGAAAGUAGUGUCUGUGUACAUCAAGAACUCCCAGGUGGUGGUGAAGCUGAAGAGCAAACACAUGGCUGGCACGUAUACAAAGAAGAAAAAGAGGGUUGUUUUUGGGGUGUAUAAAGACUUACCAGCAUGGUCCAACACAGAAAUGUGUGUGUUAGGUGACGAGGGGAGAUGGUAUUUUGGGCUAGAGACAGGCAAAGGCGUGAUUCAGUUUGAAUGCUUCACUAAGGAAGUUCAUGAAAUGUUCACACGAGGUGUUGAACACCUGCUUUCUCUUGUAAACCGAUAUAAGUCCAAUGAAUGUCCGACACUAGAAUUGUAGUGCAUGUAAAGUAAUUUUUGAAUAAUACAAGUAUUAGUUUUAUGGUA